AUGUUGUACUUGGAAUGUUAUCCAAUUCGAAAAGCUGUUGAGAAUGUGGAUGAUUUAGAUGAUGUACCUGUUGCUGGCCAUGAGGAAGAUGUUGGUGCUGGAGAGCAGACAGAUGCUGGUGAGCAGAUGGAUGCUGGUAAGCAGAGGGAUGGUGAUGAGCAGAGGGAUACUGAUGCUGGUGAGCAAAGAGAUGGUAGUGAGCAGAGGGAUACUGAUGCUGGUGAGCAAAGAGAUGGUAGUGAGCAGAGGGAUGCUGAAGCUGGUGAGGAGAGAGAUGCUGAUGGUGAAGAGAGAGAUGUUGCUGAUAGUGAGGAGGAAAGGGAAGUUAACAGUGAUGAAACAGAUGCUGAGUGGUUUAUAAAUUUCUCUUGUAUGUUGAAUGAAGUUGAAGCUGAAGUUGAGACAGAUGGUUAUCAUUCAGAGGAGCUUAAUAUCCCCAUUAGUAGUGAUGAUGAAGAUGAGGAUGUUGAAGUUUAUCCUCAAUAUAGUCAAAGUAGUGGAGUUGGUGAACAGAAGUUGGAAUUAAGGAUGGAGUUUGGUACUCUAGAUGAAUUUAAAUCUGCCUUGAGGGAGUAUAGCAUAUUGAUGGGCAGGGAGUUCAAGUGGAAGAAGAAUGAUAAACAGAGGGCUAGAGCAAAAUGCAAGAAGGCAUUUUGUGAUUGGGAAAUCUACUGUGCAAAGAAUGAAGUUAGAAACUCUUUUCAGAUAAAGACAUUUAAGCAUAACCAUAAUUGCUGCAGAGAAGUGAACAACAAACAAGCAAAUAGACAGUGGGUGGUCAGUAAACUUGAGGGCAAACUCAGAAUGCAGCCAACCCUUAAAUGUGUUGAAGCUUUGGAAUAUUUCAAGCAAGAGUUUGGAGUGCACAUUGAAGUUACAAAGAUGUGGAGAGCCAUGAAAGAAGCAAAGCAAUUAGUGGAAGGGAAUGAGAGGAAACAAUAUGCCAAAGUAUUUGAUUAUGCACAUGAAUUGUUGAGGAGCAAUCCUGGAUCAACAGUUAAGAUCAACACAGUGCCAAGUCCAGAAGGUCCACCACAAUUUCAGAGGCUAUAUAUUUGUCUUGCUGGCUGUAAGAAGGGGUUUGUUGCUGGAUGUAGACCAUUCAUAGGUCUAGAUGGAUGUUUCCUAAAGAGUGCAUUUGGAGGAAACUUGCUCUCUGCUGUUGGGCUUGAUGGCAAUAACCACAUCUAUGUUAUUGCUUAUGCUGUUGUGGACAUUGAGAACAAAGACAAUUGGAAAUGGUUUUUAACUUUGUUGCAUGAAGAUCUUGGGGAUUACAUACAGAAUGGGUGGAAUUUCAUGUCAGACAUGCAAAAGGGACUUAUUCCAGCUUUACAGGAAGUCAUGCCUGGUGCACCUCAUAGAUUUUGUGUCUUGCAUCUUUGGAAAAAUUUUACAAAGCAAUGGAAAAGCAAGGAACUUAAAGGAAUUGUGUGGCAAUGUGCAAAAUCCACUACUGUUGCUGAGUUUGAAGGCCAUAUGGCCCAUUUGAAGACAAUCAACUGCCAGGCUUGGGAGUAUUUGAAUAAAUGGCCCAAACAAGCAUGGACAAAAGCCCACUUCAGUACAACACCCAAGGUGGACAAUAUAUGCAACAACACUUGUGAGGUAUUCAAUUCCAGAAUUCUGCAGUAUAGAUGCAAGCCUAUUAUCACAAUGCUUGAAGAAAUUAGAAGUUAUAUCAUGAGAACCUUGGCUGCCCGCAAGUGCAGUAUAAAAGACUAG